UUGGAAAAUAACCGAUCAUUGGAGAAUAACCCGAACUCAAAAAUGGCAGCUGCCAGUGUUAGCUUUGAGGAUUGGUUAGGAGAAAGAUUGACUUCUCUGAAUCCUGAAGUUGAUACGGAGGUUUUUGUUACUUACAUUACUGGUAUCCUCGAAACAGAAACAGAUGAAGAGGAUACACGCGAAUCCAUCUUGGGAAUUUUGGGCGAAGUGUUGGAGGAAGAGAAAGAGACAGUGUGUGAUGAAAUAGUACAGAGGUGGAAUCAAGAGCAUAGCAAACAAGCAAAACCAGAGACAGAUACUAGUACAUUAGCUACCCAAUUGUCUGAGAUUCUGGAGAACCAGAAAAUAGAGAGUGUAAAGCCAAAGGAAAAAAGUGCAGAUGAAAUCGCUCGAAAAGAGGCCAUUUUAGCUCAGUAUGGGGCUGUUUCAGAUGGAGAAACAGAUGAUGAUGAAGACCCAGGGGGAGGUAAUGCAGGAAAGUUAGAGAAAAAUGACAAUGCCGAAGCAGUGACGCGAGCAGUUCAGGAGCAACGAGAGCAGUCGAAACAGGAAUACGAGAAGAAAAAGGAAAAGGACAAACAAGACCGAGAGCAACAAAAACAGAAGGAGAAAGACAGAAAGGAAACGGAGAAAAAACGAACACAGAAAGGAGAGAGACGCAGAUGACGACGGAAUGCUUAGAAUCUAUAAUUUACAAUUAUUUCAAUUUGCAAUAACCUUUGUCAAAACCAGUCAUUUUUUUUAACCAAUAAAGGAUUGUUUCAAUGUC